UCUGCUUUGCAUGGGUGAAUGCUGGCCUCUAGUGUUUGGAACCGGAAGUGUCUAUCUGACCGAAACAAAACAAGUCAAGGAGGAAGGCGCAAGCGGCAAAGAUUACCAACUCGUUGUUUCUAUUUUCAGCCGGUUUGUGUUGUGUGAUCCAGACGUUAUUAACGUGAAAGUGCUCUUGGGCUUCUUGUUUGUUUAACUACGGUGUAACCCCACUGUGGGAAACUUUUAACCCGAUCAGCGUGGGCGUAAUUAGCAUUUGCUAGCUGCUGUGAAGGUGUGGCGACACCAUUUGCCAGAGUGGCUUUCGUUUUAAUGUCGCGCCUUUGUUGACUAUAUUUACUUCAUAAUGUAUUUUCUAGUUGUUGUUGCAACUGUUUCAGUCGCCCAAACAUGUUAAGAUGUAUGAGAGACUCUUCAGGACAGGUUGUCUCGUGAGGACUGGACAUGUCAUCCUUACUUGGGCGACUACACUGGUGCUAUUUCUACACGAUACAGAUUUGCGGAAGUAUGAAGAGAGAGGGGAGUUGACGCAUCCGGUGGCUUUUGGGUCCAUGGUUCUCCUCUCGGUGAUGCUUUACUUCACUGUUUCGCUCAUGGACCCUGGAUUUGUUCUAACUGAUGUGGAGGUGCCACCAACAAAUGAAGAGCAGGAAGAGAUGGUGCCACAAGCACCUCGCCUGAGACGAUGUGGAUAUUGUUUACUACUACAACCAAUGAGAGCCAAACACUGCAAGAUGUGCAACCGUUGUGUGAGAAAGUUUGAUCACCACUGUCCCUGGGUAGCAAACUGCGUGGGGGAGAGGAACCAUCGCUGGUUCCUGCUUUAUCUGGGAGUUCAGCUCCUGGUUCUCCUUUGGGGCCUGAAAACUGCCUGGUCUGGUAUCGUUUUUGCUCCUGCGUGGAGGGAGUGGCUUGUGCAGAACGGCUUCCUGCUGGCUGCCCUGGGGGUGACGGGGGUGUUUUCGGGCGUGGUGGUCCUCUUGCUGGGCUGUCACCUCUACAUGGCCUCCAACAACACCACAACCUGGGAGUUCAUGUCCGGCCACCGCAUCCCGUACCUCAAGAACUGGGACUCCGAGGAGAGUCCUUUUGACCGCGGCCUGGUCUGCAACCUGUGGGACUUCUUCUGCACCUGUCGGACUGUGGCUUGGGAGAAAGUGUACUCCAAAGUCCAAGCGAGGAGUGCAUUGUGAGACGGAUGUCUUGUUGGCACUCAAAUCUAAAUGGUGCUCACUGCUCACGGGCAGUCCCGCACUUCAGGCUGGGCUACGUCUCUGUGACUAGACUUAAGGAUGGCCGGCGCACUACGAGUGUUUUUUUAAAGUGUUUUAUUAUGAUGAACAAAUUACUUAUGUUUCAGUGCAUCUCUGUCUUUAAGGUGCACCAUAAAUAAACACUGAUAGUAGUCCUAUCCUCUCUGUGAUCAACCUAAUUUCCUUUUUUUUUUUUUUUUUUUUUAAAAAGAAAGAAAGAAACACUUAUUCAAAUGUUCUGUUGAUUGCUGCUUCCUCAAUAAGCCAGGUCUCCAGAAAAGAUGGUUCAAGUCAAACUGCUACCUCCCAUCAUUUCAUGAGUAUUCCGGCCUCUUGCUUUGGUGUCUCCAGACCUCCAUGGUGAAAAAAAAAAGUCAAUCAAUGCCAUUUUUGGAGGGUGUUGACCCUUUUAUGUCAAGCCUUGUGUCACGAGUCCAGAAGCCACUGAAAAGGACAGAGGAAAUAGUUUUCCUUUCACACAGUUUGCCAUAGUGGUUUUUGCAUGUUAGACAAGUAUGCAAUGGAUUGGGAGGUUACCAAGCAAAAUAUUCCCUCUUUGUAGGAUUGCCUUGGCAUGGACUGAUUUGUAAUAACCACCACACAAAUGAAGUAAUGUGACUUUUAGCAGACACAUUCCCACAGCAUCCUCUUGGCCUCAGGUUGCAAAUGAUGCUAAAAUCUAAAGCUGUCUGAUUUUUUGAUACAGAAUAUCUGCUCAUCUCAUUUGUGACCUUUAUAUUAAUCUUUCGGGGGAAAAAUGGCUAAUUGCACCUAUUUGCUCAACUUAUGAUGUAGUGAAUAAUUCUGUUUUUUUUUUAAUUAUUAUUAUUUUUUACUGAAUUUGUAAUGACUAAGAAGGGUUUCAUUCUGAUGUUGGGUAGCCCACUUGUGUACAUCAGUGUUAAUUGUAUUAAAUUACAUGUUAA